AUGGAAGAGGAGUUAGAAAAAUAUAUGAUGAGUAGGGGAUAUUUUAAAUCACCAAUAACAUCAUCUUCAUCAUCACCAUUUCAUACAGAUAAAAAGAAUAAAGAAAAAAAACCAAAAGAAAAUGAUAGCAAUACUUUGAUUGCAGAGAAAUAUAAUGUACAAUUAAAGAACAAAUUUGCAAGCUAUUAUUGUUAUGAUCAAGAUAGCAUUAGAAUAACUCAAUCAAACAGAGAAUAUAUCUUUAUGGUUGACCAAGUUUUAGAGAAUGGAUGGAUAGAUCCCAAAAGUGGAUGUUGGUUGGUUGGCAAUUGCAACUCUUUUAUUGAUCAUUUCAUGAUGGACAUGAAGAAAAAGAAGCCAUCCGACAGUCAUUACAUGGUUCAUUCCUACGAUUGUGAUCUUUUUCGGGAACAAGACCAUCCAAAAUACCAGUUAAAAUGUUGUCGUCCAUCACACCUCUAUUGGAGUACAUUGGAAGAUUCACUAGAUGCUGCCGAGGAAGAACCUGAAUGUGGAAUCUGUCUUGAUAUCGUCGAUGACAAAGCAAAACCAGAUGGAUGUAGACAUAUAUUUUGUUUUGAAUGUUUACAUAGAUGGUCAAAGACUGCCACUGUUUGUCCCAAUUGUAAAGCAGAUUUCCAAGAGAUCCAAAGAGAGGGAGGAGAAAAACACGUACUUUGCGCAGUGGACAAGAGAUUGGAUAAUUAUUAUCGGGAUAUCUUUUAUGAUGAUGACUCUGAUGACGACGAUGAUAGUGACGAUAGUGAUUAUGGCGAUAAUAGCGAUUAUCACAACAAUGACUCAGACGACAGCGAUGACGAUAGUGAAGAGUAUUCGGAUGACUUUGAGGAUCCACAUGAAAGAUAUAUUAGAAUGAUGCACCAAAGAGUAGGUGUAGUAUAUUACUCCUACUGA